AUGAGUUGGAUGCCAAAAAGCCCUCGAGGAUCUCGAGAAGUAUUGAAAGCAAUUCAUGUCACAUUCUAUCCACCAAAGCUUACCCUUGAAAUCGAACAGAAUGGCGAAAUCGCAAACCACGAACUCGAUUUACAAUCUCUUGAUUCCACUACAAACUUAGAGACGCUUGCCGACCAAAUCAUCGCAGAAGAAUCUAGUCUUAAGCCCAAACACAGGGCCAAGCUUAUUCAAACUCUAGAGUCAAUGGUUAAGAUGCAAGGAAUAGAAUACAACACAUAUGUUUUAGCAAGAAUUAUCAAGGCUCACGAGAUGCCUCUUACAGAUUGCUGUUUCAACAAGAUGGGUGGGCUCUUCGCCACAGCAUCUAACGAUAAAACGUGCCGCAUCUGGGAUACGCUCAGUGGCAAAGAGCUUCACUGCUUAAUGGGCCACAAGCAGACAGUCAACGUCUGCUGCUUCAAUAACCCAAUUGGCGACCUUCUUGGCACAGGAUCCGCGGAUAAAACGAGCAAAAUCUGGAAAGUAGGAACAGGUGAAUGCCUUUACACAUUUACAGGCCAUACAGAUCAAGUUAUCAAUAUCAAGUUCGAAAACGAAACAAAAACUUUUGCAUCUUCAUCAUCUGACCAUACCGUUCGUUUAUACGAUUUAACGACAGGCCAAUUCCAUACCGAGCUUCUUGGCCAUACAGACAUCGUCCCGCAUAUCGAGUUUUCCAACGACGGCGAGAUAAUUCUUACAGGAUCGUUCGAUAACACGGUCAAGCUCUGGGAUAUCCGUUCCGGCAGCGAGAUCUCCUCCCUCAACGGCCAUACCGACGAUAUCUUCGCCGCCCACUUCGACUUCCCGUGCAACAAAGUCCUUUCCGCCUCCCAAGAUGGCACAGCACUUAUUUGGGACUUGAGGACGAACCAGGCCAUCGCUAUCAUGGACGGACACGGCGGCGGCUGCACAGAUGCAUGCUGGUCGGCCGACGGAAACUACAUCGCGACUGGCGCAGGAGAUGCCGUUGCAAGGAUAUGGGAUAUUGACGGAAAGAAGUUGUUUGACUGCAGAGGACACACAGGAGAAAUAAACAGAGUCAUGUUCAGUCCGCAGAGCACGAGAUUGCUCACAGCAUCAGUUGAUAACUCGUGCAAACUCUGGGAUACAUCAACAGGCUUGUGCGUUGAUACAUUGAAGAGCCACACAAAUGAAAUUGUCUGUGCUGCAUUCAACUACUCUGGAAAGUACAUCAUCACUGCUUCCCAAGAUAAUACAGUUAUUCAAUGGGAAGCUUCUAUCACUGAUCAUCGUUGUUAA